CUUUUGUUCUACCUUCAAGUCCCCAGCAGAUUUCCGGAAGCCCACCUAGUCCACAAUGAAGUAUUCGCUCCUCCUCUCAGCCAUCUAUGGACUGUUGUUGAGUCCCAUGGCCAUAUCUGCGCCGACAGCCAAGCCAGCAGUGACCCUUCGCGUCAGGUCGGAGGACUUCCAUGCUCUUCGGGAGAGAGCAGGCAACGAAGCCACCGCGUUGUAUGGUUAUAUUGUCGCCGACACCGAGAUCGACGACAAAGAGAAGCGCGAUGACGAGGCCACUGCGCUAUAUGCGUACAUUGCUGCCGACUCGGAGCUGAACAGGAAACGUGAUGACGAAGCCACUGCGCUAUAUGCGUAUAUUGCAGCCGACUCGGAACUUGACAGAAAGCGUGAUGACGAGGCUACUGCAUUGUAUGCAUACAUUGCAGCUGACAGCGAGUGAGCCGGAGAUAUUAAGCUCUGGUGUAUGCUGCUUUGCUGGAGCACAUGGUACUGGUCUAUUAAUCAGGCGCUGCAUUGCUUCUUGCGUAAUCCUGAGAUGACGUGUCAUAUAAUGAUCGUAUAUGUUCCCUCUCCCUGGGUGCGGUACAUGUGUUAGUCAAUUGAUAUAGUUUCGUGGGAUUUAUAUGACCUACCUAUAAG